CGCGGCGGGGAGGCCAUGGCGAGCGGCGGGGGCGGCGGGGAGGAGGGAGGCGGCGAGCGCGGCUGUCCCGAGCCCGGAGACCCCUCGGAGCCGGGACGCGGGCCCGAGGGGGAGGAGGCGGCGGCGGACGGCGGGGGACGGCGCUGGGGAGCGCAGCACGCAGGGGCCCGCGAGCUGGCCCAACUCUACUCUCCAGGCAAGCGGCUCCAAGAAUGGUGCUGUGUGAUCCUCUGCUUCUCCCUCAUCGCCUUCAAUCUGUGCCAUCUCCUGCGGCUUGCCAGCCUGGAGCACACACAUCUGGUGCUGCUGGGAAUAUUUAUAGGGGCGCUUAUUGCUGACUUCCUGUCUGGACUGGUACACUGGGGGGCCGAUACCUGGGGCUCUGUGGAACUGCCUGUGGUGGGAAAGGCUUUCAUCCGACCCUUCCGGGAACACCACAUUGACCCCACAGCCAUCACUCGGCACGACUUUAUUGAGACCAAUGGGGACAACUGCCUCGUGACACUGUUGCCUCUGGUGAACAUGGCCUACAAGUUUAACACCCUAAGUCCUGAUGAACUUUAUCAGCUCUAUCCUUGGGAGUGUUUUGUCUUCUGCCUCAUCAUCUUCGGAACCUUCACCAACCAAAUUCACAAAUGGUCUCACACUUACGUUGGACUUCCCAGAUGGGUCACUUUCCUCCAGGACUGGCACAUCAUCCUACCCAGAAAGCACCACCGAAUCCACCAUGUAUCCCCCCAUGAAACCUACUUCUGUAUCACCACAGGCUGGCUCAAUUACCCAUUGGAGAAGAUUGGAUUCUGGAGACGGUUAGAGGACAUUGUCCAAGGACUAACUGGAGAAAAGCCUAGAGCAGAUGAUAUGAAAUGGGCACAGAAGAUAAAGUAGUCCCCAAUAGCUUUCCUAUGAGCUCUAACCUUGUUGCCAACCUUUCCAAACAGCCUCUCUCUCUCUCUCUCUUUCUCUCCUACACACACACACACACACACACACACACACACACACACACCCCAUCCAACAAGUGCCAGACUUGAAGUGAAAUUACUUGGAGACCUGUUCCGUAGAUGGGCAGCACUGAUGGCUUCUCUCUUUGAAUCAAAGAUGCUGCUUGACAUGUAACAGAUUAACAUGGGAGAGGGGAAGGGCAGGGCCCAUGUACCUGCUGGCCAGCAUCCCUGGGGGUGCCCUUCAUCUUUGGGAGUAGAGUGGCCCCCUCCUCACAGAAGCAACUCGAGGAAGCUUAUGGAGAAGGAAGGAAAAAACCUGCUCAUGAGGCUUGGUUGGCACUGUCACCAUGUUUCUGUACUUCCUGGGAGAGCCUGGGGCCAAAUGGAGACAGGAGGAAGAGCAAAAGGUGGAGGGUUUUCAUGACUGACUCUGGGCCAUUAGGGUUUUUAGUUUUUAUUUUUGAAUGCAGUCCCCCAAGGAUGCUCUGCAUGAAAACAGCCCACAGAGCCACAAGAGCCCACACAACAAUCAGAUCUUCAUGCACUUAGUGGUCCAUUCACCAUAAUGUCUCCUUUGUGCCCUUGGGGGUGGAGGUCAUCUACAGGGCUGAUUGACCUCUCUCAUGGACCUGGAAAGCAAGGGGAGAAGCGUCCCUAGCUCAGCCUGAUCUCCCCCUCAGCCAGGAUUGAGGGAAGUCAAUAUGGAACCUGUGCUGGCCCCCCAACUCCCCACUCAGUUCAGGAACUCCUCCUCCUUAUUCACCCCCAGGAGCAGACUUGAGCCGGACAUUUCCCUAUUCAUCCGAAAGGCGAUAAUUCAGCUGGUGCUAGAGAUGUUUCUUUGCACUUUCGAGAGCCAUGAGCUAAGGUGAUGACUGGAUGGGAGGGAAAUGAUAGCCCUUUUGAAGAAGGGUUGUCAAGAGAGGAGAGUGUUGUUUUUUUAAGGUGCUUGCUUGUUUAAUGUAAAUAAUAUAAAGCCUUAAUAUCUUUUCUGUAACAUGGAAUAAUAUUUUACGGUGAUGUUUUGAAUGUAUAUAAUAUAUUUAUAACAAAGCAGCCGAGAAUACUAACUUUGUUUGCCACUUGGUGUUUCUAGAUUGGGAGGGAUGGAGGGAUGAAGUGAAAAGAUAUUUGUUCCUCCUAGGCUAAUUAAGGCCUCACUCUGUCUUCUAGGGUAUUGAAAAGGUUAAUGGGUUCUGUUGUCUGCACUCUAGGGAAUACUUGUUUCAAAAGGAUGAUCAGUUAAGAUGAUCCUUAGAUCCUCUUAGAUAGUAGAAUUUAUUAUGAUAGAUAAAAAAUAGAUACAUUUCCUUUGGAAACACUUAUUAAUCAAUUAGUGUGUGCAAAUCAAUGGUCAGGAAGCUAGUACUCUCCAUGCACUCCAGCAGUCAGAAUAGAUUAAAGUUCAUAAGCCAUUCAAUAUGGGGUUUGAGAUGACUAACAAAACUCUCACUUGAGACAAGAACUUAAACACAGGCAGAUGAAAUGCUAAUUCAGUCUUGGACUGAAUUAUUAGAAGUGGAGAGCAGAUUUUAACUCGACAUAUCAGGCAAUUUUUUUUUUUUUUUGGCAAUUCAUAAUUAGAGCUGUAUACAGCAAAGGAACACAUUCCUCUAGAAAUGGAGUUCUCCAUCACUUCAAGUGUUCUGUUCAGAUUGUUAAAUCCAUUAUUCAUUGUUAUGAAUGAAAAGUAGAAUUAAAUGACUUCUCAUAUCCCUCCCUA